GGCGGGCGCGCGCGGACGCGGGUGGGAGCGGGCGGCGGCGCUGAGCGGGCGCCGGCGAUGGGUGAGGGCGCCCUGGCCCCGGGCCUGCAGCUGCUGCUCCGCGCCUGCGAGCAGGGCGACACCGACACCGCGCGGCGCCUGCUGGAGCCCGGCGCAGAGCCGGCUGUGGGACCCGAGGCGGGAGGGGAGCAGGCAGGGCCCGAGGCGGCCCGGGCGGCGGAGGCCGAAGCGCCGGUACCGGUGGACUGCUCGGAUGAGGCGGGCAACUCGGCGCUGCAGCUGGCGGCGGCCGGUGGCCACGAGCCACUCGUGCGGUUUCUGCUGCGCCGCGGAGCCUCGGUCAACAGCCGUAACCACUAUGGCUGGAGCGCGCUCAUGCAGGCAGCCAGGUGUGGGCAUGCCAGCGUGGCACACCUCCUUUUGGAUCAUGGUGCUGAUGUCAAUGCCCAGAAUCGGCUAGUCAGCCAGGUCCCUGUGCUUGCGGUCAAGGGCAACUUCGAAGGCCGUCUUCUCCAGCACGCUGAGGUGGUCGGGGUUGGCUCCCUUUUCAACCAGCUGCUGCGCCACACUGAGCUUCCCAAGGAGGGCCGCCAGCAUCAGCGGACUCCAGCCCACGGUCCGGGCUGUGUGGUUGGGGUCGGCACCCCAUUCCACCAGCAGGCGUACCACAGCCUCAUGCCCAUGCUGAACGGCAGCCAUCAGGGCCGUGAUGCCCAGCAGUUCAUCCCUGCUACCUCCCAUUGCUGCUUUACGAACUUAUUACACUUUUCCUCAGCUAACUCUGAAAUCUCUGUUUGCCCAGAUGAGGAGAAGAGUCGACCUGAUAUUUUCCAUGCACUGAAGAUGGGAAACUUCCAGCUGGUCAAGGAGAUUGCUGAUGAAGACCCCAACCACGUGAAUCUGGUCAACGGGGACGGGGCGACCCCACUGAUGCUGGCAGCUGUCACAGGACAGUUGCCCCUGGUACAGCUGCUGGUGGAGAAGCAUGCAGACAUGGACAAGCAAGACAGCGUGCAUGGCUGGACAGCCCUUAUGCAGGCCACCUACCAUGGAAAUAAAGAAAUUGUCAAGUAUCUGCUAAAUCAAGGGGCUGAUGUUGCUCUUCGGGCCAAAAAUGGGUACACAGCCUUUGACCUAGUGAUGCUCCUGAACGAUCCUGACACUGAACUUGUUCGACUGCUGGCAUCUGUGUGCAUGCAGGUGAAUAAGGACCGAGGCCGGCCCAGCCACCGGCCACCCCUGCCCCACUCGAAGGCCAGACAACCCUGGAGCAUCCCCAUGCUGCCUGACGACAAGGGAGGACUGAAGUCGUGGUGGAGCCGGAUGUCCAACAGGUUCCGAAAGCUGAAACUUAUGCAGACGCUGCCACGUGGGCUGGCUGCCAAUCAGCCUUUGCCUUUCUCUGAGGAUCCUGAGCUGGCACUGGACUCCACCAUGCGGGCACCCCCCCAGGACAGGAGCAGCCGCCUUGGACCACCUGAAGUAGUCCAUGCAACCAAAGACAGCGGUCCUGGGAGCCCUAGAAGAGAGAAGGAAGAUGUGUUACUGACAACCAUGCUACGGAAUGGAGCUCCCUUCCAGAGGCUCCCCAGUGACAAGCUGAAGGCCGUCAUCCCACCCUUCCUGCCCCCGUCCAGCUUUGAGCUGUGGAGCUCUGACAGGUCUCGCACCUGUCACAAUAGGAAAGCAGACCCCGCAAAGACUGUGCUGCCCCCAAGAGCAAGCAGGGCCCACCCUGUGGGCUGUGUGAGCACUGACACCACUGCUGGCAGGCCAGUGAAAUUCCCCAGCAUCUCACGAAGCCCAGCCUCCCCUGCCAGCUCUGGGAGCUUCAACCACUCACCUCAUUCCUCAGGAGGUGCCAGUGGCGUUGGGGGCAUGAGCAGGCUGGGUGGGGAGCUGCAUAACCGCUCAGGUGGCAGUGUAGACAGUGUCUUGUCCCAGAUCGCUGCUCAGAGGAAAAAAGCAGCUGGAUUGUCUGAGCAGAAGCCCAGCCAGCGCUCCAGCCAGGGCUCCAGUCCUGUGGGGCCAGCGCCCGGCUCCAGCCCCACUGAGCGUCCAGCCUCCCUCGUGGGCAGUGGAGGUGACUCUUCCAGCAACAAGAAACUGGACCCCAGCAAACGGCCUCCAUCUGGAACUUCUGCUACCUCUAAAAGCACAUCCCCUACCCUCACGCCCUCCCCCUCUCCCAAAGGCCAUGCUGCAGAAUCCUCAGUGUCUUCCUCAUCAUCCCAUCGACAGUCUAAGAGCAGUGGGGGCUCCAGCAGUGGCACCAUCACAGAUGAGGAUGAGCUGACUGGAAUCCUCAAGAAGUUGUCACUUGAGAAGUACCAGCCCAUCUUCGAGGAGCAAGAGGUGGACAUGGAAGCCUUCCUCACACUUACCGACGGCGACCUGCAGGAGCUGGGUAUUAAGACGGAUGGCUCUCGGCAGCAGAUUCUGGCCGCCAUCUCUGAGCUGAAUGCAGGCAAGGGGCGUGAGAGGCAGAUUCUACAGGAAACCAUUCACAACUUCCACUCUUCCUUUGAGAGCAGUGCCAGCAACACCAGGGCCCCUGGCAACAGUCCCUCCAUGGCCGGAUGGGUAAGGCCAGAAGAAGCAGUGUCUUGCAAGAGGUAACUGCAGUUUUGAUGGUUCUGCUGGCACCGGAGCCCUGAGGCAUUGAGGGAUGAACAGAGUCGUUGUCCUUGCAUUGGGUCUGCCCCUGGGUUAUUUCUUCACUGUGACUCACAGCAAGUAGACAGGAAGACAGCUGACAAGCCAAACCAUCAGAGCUGAUGCAGCAUGCAGGGGCCUGGGAAGCUCCCUCUCUGCUGAUGCUUUGGACAGACCUGAAAAAGCGCAGGCAAAGAUGGAGGUCGCAUGGCUACAGAUAUAAACCCUAACCUCUACAUCCAAGUAGGUGCUGCCUUCAAGGCCUGGGACCCGUCCAGGAAAGAUGUUACAUACUGGUGAAACCCUGCAGAAGGUGCGGUGAAGCAUCCACUGUGGCAAGUCACCAGUGGGUCCUAUUCAACACGUGAGGCAGCCCAGUGCUGUCCCUAGUGAAGCUGGUGCCAAUUCUGCAGGCUGCCAGGGAAGGAGUGCCAAGACCCUUGGGAGUUUCACACUUGCUUUCCAGUCACGUCCAGAAGAGUGGCCAGGCUCCCCCUGCUCUCAGGGCACUGCUCUGCGGGAACAGACUUGGACACACCAUGGUCGCAGCACUGAGAGCACAAAUGGACAGUGAGCUGAAGGUGCAGGAGGGCGCUGUGGGUGAAGAGCCGUACAGGAGAGCACCAAAUCCACUUUACUGUCUCCAGCUACUCCUGCCCACUGGAGUGGAGCCACCACCUUAGAGCAGGGCCCUGUUUCCUACAGAAGCCUCCCCCUACCCCGCUGCCGCCCACAAGACCAGUAGACACAGCCCCAGCCAUCUUCAUUGGGAUACCCUGGUGGCUGGGCUAGGCUGUGACUUUGUUCCAAGCCACACUAGAGAGGUUGCAGCCAAUGGUCGGAGAUGACAGUUCCAUUUUGGUUCAGCCCUGCAGUUGGUUUCCAUUUUCUUCACACCAGACUCACGUUAUUUCCACAUAGACUUGAUUCUUGGGAAGAUUUUGCUUGCCCAGCAGCAUAUAUUAAAAAUGGGGAUGUGUC